GAAAAAAAAACUUUCUUUCUCUGGCCUUGAAUGCAAUUGGAUUUAAUCCCACUCCUUUUUCACAUUUGGUUUCAAACCUUUUACUUUCUUUCUCUUUCCCUCUCUUUAUUCCUUUCUUUGGAUUCUGUAUUGGCAUUGGGAAAAAAAUGGGAGGUAGGAGCACUUGAGUUUAUAGAGGACUCUUUUGGUUCAUUUGCAAGUGAUAUGCAUUGAAAAAUCAAAUCUUUUUGAGGGUUUUCCCCGUUGGGAUUUGUUUUGUGGGUCUGGAUUGAACAACUUUCUUUCGGCAUUUAAGCUCGUUGAUCGGACUAGGGUUCACAGUCUGUGCACGUAUUAUCUGGGGAUUUGAAAUUAAUUGGGGAGUUCUCAUGUACUCUUAAUGGUGGUGAUUGUUGCUUCAGUUAGAAGUUCUUUGUUGGAUUUUUCUUUGUGGUUUUUUAGGUGUUUUGGGAUGUGGGUUUGAAAUUUCUUCUUCUGGGGUUUCUUCUUCUUUUUUCUUUUCUUUAUGCAUACGCUAGUGCUUGUUUUCUUUACCAGUGUUAAUUAGGGUUUUGCGUUCCUUGGUCUCUGGUCUGGGUAUAUGAUUUCAUGUGGGGACAAAGGAUCUCGGUGGGUUUUCACUGGUGUUAAUUGCUUCACUUGCACGUUGGGCCUUUUUUGUGAGUUUGUGAUUUGUUUUUGGGAUGUGGGUGUGAAGUGUCUUCAUUUGGGGUUUUCCUUCCUUUCUAUAUAAGGCAGAGUGUGUUUUCUAAUUAAUUUAGAGUCCUUGUUCCAGGAAUUGAGCUUCAGUUGGGGAUUUGUGGAUCUCAACUAGUCUUGGUGGCAGUGAUUGUUGCUCCACUUGCAAGAAAUUAGAGUGGUGCUUUGUGAUUUCUGAUGUGUUUUGGGAGGUGGGUGUGCAAAGUUUCUUAUUUUGGCCUUCUUCUUACUUCUGAAAAGCAGUGACAGAGCAAUCAUGUCAAAUUGAACAAGUUUAUGGUGGUGUUGGCCUUGAUUUGAGUUGGGUGUCUCCUUUGGCUUCGGUAAUUGUGGUAUUUGAGAUUUUUCCAAUGACUUUCCUCAAUUGGGUAUUCCUGGCUUUCUUUGUUUGUUCAUCUCUGGGUCUUGAAAUCCCCAGCCAAACAUGUCAUCCAAAUGAUUUGCUGGCUCUGCAAGAACUUGCAGGAAACCUUACAUAUGGGUCCAUUAUUUCAGCAUGGUCCAAUGAAUCCAUAUGCUGUAAAUGGGAUGGUGUUGCCUGUGAAAAUGGUGGUAAUGGAUCAGUUGCAAAUAGAGUGACCAUGCUUAAUUUGUCCAAAAAAGGUUUGAAGGGAGUGAUUUCGAAUUCUUUGGGCAGAUUGGAUUGGUUGAAAGUGCUUGAUCUUUCGCAUAAUCGUCUCGAAGGCGGAUUGCCCACAGACCUUUCAAAUUUGCAGCGGCUAGAAGUUCUUGAUCUGAGUCAUAACUUGUUGGUAGGACUUGUAUCUGGAGUGCUUGUUGGAUUGAAAUCCAUCCAAUCACUGAACAUUUCUAGCAACUCAUUCAAUGGGGACUUGCUGAAUAUUGGGGGAUUUCCAAAUGCUGUUGUAUUCAACAUCAGCAACAAUUCAUUUUCUGGAGAAUUCAAUUCUCAGAUAUGCAGUUCCUCCAUGAGGAUUCGGAUUAUUGAUUUAUCCAUGAACCAUUUCACUGGAGCGCUUGAAGGCUUGGACAAUUGCAGCAUAUCUCUGCAGCAGUUGCAUUUGGAUUACAAUUCUCUGUCAGGGCACAUUCCGGACUCAUUGUAUUCAAUGUCUUCUUUGGAGCAGGUUUCACUCUCUUCCAACAAUUUCUCUGGCCAGUUAAGCAUGAAACUCAGUAAUAUAUCUAGCCUUAAGACCUUAGUCAUAAAUGGGAACCGAUUUUCGGGUCCCCUACCUAAUGUAUUUGGGAACUUAACACAUUUAGAACAGCUAGUUGCACAUUCAAAUUCGUUCCUUGGACCCUUGCCUUCCACACUGGCACUCUGCGCAAACCUACGGGUGCUUGAUCUUAGGAACAACACUUUAUCUGGCUUUAUUAAUCUUGAUUUCACUCAAUUGCCUUUUCUUUGUACUCUUGAUCUUGCAAGUAAUCAUUUUUCGGGUCCCCUGCCGUAUUCAUUGUCUAGUUGUCAGAAAUUGAAAAAAUUGAGUCUUGCGAAGAAUGGGCUAACUGGCCAGAUUCCUGAGAACUAUGCCAACCUCAGAUCCCUUUCAUUUCUAUCUUUGUCGAACAACAGUUUCAUGAAUUUAUCUAGAGCGUUAGAUGUUCUGCAGCAGUGCAGGAAUCUCACCACUCUCAUCCUAACAAAGAACUUCCAUGGAGAGGAAAUCCCAAAAAGUUUGAGUGGGUUUGAGAGCUUAAUGAUUUUUGCACUCGGGAAUUGUGGCCUGUAUGGCCAGAUCCCAGUUUGGUUAACUUAUUGCAGCAAGUUAGAAGUCCUCGAUUUGUCUUGGAAUCACUUGGAUGGCAGUAUCCCUGAUUGGAUUGGUCAGAUGGAAAGUUUGUUCUACUUGGACUUCUCGAAUAAUUCGCUUGUGGGUGAAAUUCCAAAGAGUCUGACUGAGCUAAAGAGCCUCAUUUCCAUAAACAACAGUUCAUCCAAUCUUAACACUACCACUGGCAUACCUCUGUUCGUCAAGCGAAAUCAAAGUUCUACUGGUUUGCAGUACAAUCAGGCUUCAAGUUUUCCUCCGUCUAUAUAUUUGAGCAGUAAUAAAUUAAAUGGGUCAAUUUGGCCAGAAAUUGGUCAAUUGAAACAGCUCCAUAUCUUAGAUUUGAGUAAGAACAACAUAACUGGGACCAUCCCUAGCUCCAUUUCGGAUAUGGGGAACUUGGAAGUUCUGGAUUUGUCAUGCAAUGAUCUUUAUGGAGUGAUUCCUUCCUCAUUCAAUAAGCUCACUUUUCUGUCGCAGUUCAGUGUGGCUAAUAAUCACUUGCAGGGAGCAAUUCCAACUGGGGGCCAGUUCUUAAGCUUUCCCAACUCAAGCUUUGAGGGCAACCCUGGACUUUGUGGGGGGGUUGUUUCUCCUUGCAAUAUGGGACUUCAACCAGCCAUCCAACCUGGUUCCAAUAGUAAAUUUGGCCGAAGCAGUAUCGUUGGAAUAACGAUUAGUAUAGGAGUUGGGAUUGCAGUGCUCUUGGCCAUUGUUCUUGUUAGAAUGUCAAGGAGGGACGUGGGAGAUCCAAGAGAAGGAUUCGAUGAGGAUAUCAGCAGGCCGCACAGGUUAUCUGAAGCGUUUGGGCCUUCAAAGUUGGUGCUUUUUCAGAAUUCGGAUUGCAAGGAUCUCACAGUGGCAGACUUGUUGAAUUCUACAAACAACUUUAGCCAAGCAAACAUCAUUGGUUGUGGAGGAUUUGGUCUGGUUUACAAAGCUGACUUGUCUAAUGGUAUGAAAGCUGCAAUCAAGAGGCUUUCUGGGGACUGUGGGCAGAUGGAACGUGAAUUCCAAGCUGAAGUUGAAGCCCUUUCAAGAGCUCAGCACAAGAACCUUGUCUCUCUUCAAGGGUAUUGUCGGCAUGGGAAUGACAGGUUAUUGAUCUAUGCAUAUAUGGAGAAUGGAAGCUUGGAUUAUUGGCUACAUGAGAGGGUCGAUGGAAGCUCAGUGCUUAGGUGGGACACGAGACUGAAGAUAGCCCAAGGUGCUGCUUGUGGAUUAGCUUACUUGCAUAAGGAGCCCAAAAUAGUCCAUCGAGAUAUUAAAACCAGCAACAUCCUUUUGGAUGAGUGUUUUGAAGCUCAUUUAGCUGAUUUUGGGCUCUCAAGGUUACUUAAUCCUUAUGAUACCCAUGUGACGACAGAUUUGGUUGGGACCUUGGGGUAUAUUCCUCCUGAAUACAGUCAGACAUUGACAGCAACUUUCAGGGGUGAUGUUUACAGCUUUGGUGUUGUUCUUCUUGAGCUUCUUACAGGUCGACGACCCGUGGAAGUCUGCAAGGGAAGAAACUGCAGGGACUUGGUGUCAUGGGUGUUUCAGAUGAAAUCUGAGAAGAGGGAGGAGGAAAUAUUUGAUUCAUCGAUAUGGGAUAAGAAAAGGGAGAAAAAACUUCUAGAGGUGCUUGGUGUAGCUUGCAAUUGUAUAGACCAGGAUCCAAGGCGAAGACCCUCUAUUGAUCAAGUUGUUUCAUGGCUUGAUUUAGUGGGAAUAGGGGAUAGUAGACAAUGAUAUUUAUUAUUGUGUUUUCUUCUCAGCGAGCUCACUUUCUUUUGAGUUUUGAAGAGAAAAACAUAACUGUAGAGAGAGUAUUGAUAAAUUUACUUCGGUUUUCCCUUAAACACUGCUUUGGUAGUGGAUAAUGAGAAGUCUGGAUUCUGUAUAUGUAGGCCAACUUGGCCAUAAUUUUUCAGCUGAAAU